AUGACUCAAAUAUCAGAGGAAAGAUCGGUCACUUUCAGUUUGACCACGUUGGGCGGCGCUGGAUCCGAUAGCGACGCAACUCAGAACACUAAUACGGCAGACGUCGAGACUGCAGCUCCUGACUAUGAGAAACAUAACUCGUCGGAGACUUCUGAAAGCGUGACAAGAUCACCAAGUGGGGUCGAAUUGGAAGAUUCGACUGAGAAACACGCUGUUUGCGAAAGAAAUCCCGAAGGUUGCAGCAAUGAUAUCUGCAAAUGCGACAUCUUGGACGAAGGCUAUGAUUCGGGAAGACACCAUUCUCCACAUACCAUGUGUUGGUUCCAUUCGCGUACGAUUGCUCCUGAAAGCCCCAGAAUGCAUUACCAGGGUCAUCACGGUGGCUGUCAUGCCGGGCGUUUCUCCAGGGACUUCGGAUUGGUAGGCCAUCAUGAAGGACAUCGCUGGAAGCAUAGACACCAUUACGGAGACGUUGAUGCAGUUGCUUCGUUCGAUGAAAGUCCCUCCGUAAAAUGCUGUAAGCGUAGAAAAUUUCAUGAAUUACACAACCCCUCUUUCGUCGACACGGAAAUGCAAGCUGAAAAAUGCGAGAAGGAUCUCAUGAAUCAUUUUGGUGCCCAUGCAAUGGGCAGGAUGCAUCACAGAGGUGGCAAGAGAAGACAUGGAAAGCACUCACAUGGUGGUAGCAGUCAUUUUAAACAUGACAAGCUUCAUAGUGAGCCAACUAGUUCCACAGAAACUUUCGAAGGAUCAAAGAAAUCCCAAUACAGAGAAAGCGAAAAAGCGGAAGCGGUAGGGACGGAAAACAUUGAACAAUCCAAAGACAAACAUCAUGGUCAUGGUAAACAUGCUAAAAAGCAUGGAGAGUUCUCGAUGAAAAAAGGAAAGCUCUUCGAGGAGUCACAAGUGCCUUAUUUCAAAGGGUUUGGAAUGCGUUCUUGGGGACCUCAUCCGAUGUUCAUGCCAGAUUCUUUUGAUGAAAUGGUUGAUUGCAGAGAUGGAAGACGCGCAUCUGGAGAAGCUAGAGGCUUUGAAUGUCCAAGAUCUAUGUUUCCAGAACUUUUCUACUCACGUCACCAUGGCUCGAAGCAUGCACACAUGCAUGGUAUGGGUCCUCCCCCACCACCACCACAUCCAGCACACAUGCACGGAAUGGGUCCUCAUCCUCCACCACCUCCCCAUGCAUCACACAUGCACGGAAUGGGUCCUCCUCCACCACCUCCCCAUGGACCACACAUGCAUCACGAUUUUAGACCUUUUAAUUGGUACCCUCAUCAUGAUGGCAGUUUAUUCACCAAAGUAAUGUUUGGAAAACCACAUGGUCAUGGUAUACCAUACGGUCAUGGUAAACAUUUCAGUCACUAUUAUAGUUACUGA